AUUUCAUUUGCACACAAACACACGACGAAGAGUUAUCAGCAUUUUAUACGAAACGUGUUUACAGAUUUAAAGCCCAGCAAUCCUGAAAUAUUUUGUCAACUAUAACGGCUUUUAUUUAGAAUUAACUAAAGAAAGGUUUCUACUCUUUUCUGUUUUGAAGAAGCAUAGCAUUUUGCUGAAAUGUCUCUGAGAGUGAGAGGAAACACGAAUCUUCUUGGCAAUGCCAAAUUGGGCCUGUUGAAUGGCGAGAAUGUCGACUCUAGGAUCAUGGGCAAGAUGGCCACCAGAGCCUCCUCAAAAGGAGUGAAGUCAACACUGGGCACAAGAGGUGCCCUGGAUAAUAUCAGCAAUGUGGCACGCAACAACUUGCAAGCAGGAGCUAAAAAGGAGUUGGUUAAACCCAAACGAGGGAUGACUAAAUCAAAGGCUACCAGUUCACUGCAGUCUGUCAUGGGGCUCAAUGUUGAACCAAUGGAACAGGUCAAACCACCACAGUCACCAGAGCCCAUGGAUAUGAGCGAUAUCAAUACUGCGUUGGAAGCAUUCUCACAGAACCUCUUGGAAGGAGUGGAAGACAUUGACAAGAAUGACUUUGACAACCCACAGCUCUGCAGCGAGUUUGUUAACGACAUCUAUCACUACAUGAGAAAACUUGAGCGUGAAUUCAAAGUGAGGACAGACUACAUGACGAUACAGGAAAUCACAGAGAGAAUGCGCAACAUCCUCAUCGACUGGUUGGUCCAAGUCCAUCUAAGAUUCAAUCUUCUACAAGAGACUCUCUUUCUCACCAUUCAGAUUCUGGACAGAUACCUAGAGGUUCAACCCGUGUCCAAGAGUAAACUCCAGCUGGUCGGAGUGACGUCCAUGCUGAUUGCAGCCAAAUAUGAGGAGAUGUACCCACCAGAGAUUGGCGACUUUGUGUACAUCACCGACAACGCUUACACCAAGGCACAGAUUCGCUCCAUGGAGUGCCAUAUCCUCAGGAGGCUAGACUUCAGUCUCGGCAAACCACUCUGCAUUCACUUCCUCAGACGCAACUCAAAGGCUGGAGGGGUUGACAGUCAUAAACACACCAUGUCCAAGUACCUGAUGGAGCUAACUCUACCAGAAUAUGCAUUUGUCCCGUAUGACCCAUCAGAGAUUGCCGCAGCUGCCCUGUGCUUAUCCAGUCAGAUGAUUGAGCCAGACACAGAAUGGAAUUCUACACUAGUCCAUUACAGCGCAUACAGUGAGGACCACCUGAUGCCUAUCAUGCAGAAGAUGGCACUCGUCAUCAAGAAUGCACCGACAUCAAAAUUCCAGGCCGUCAGAAAGAAGUACUCGAGCGCCAAAUUCAGGAAUGUGAGCACAAGCCCAGAACUGAGGUCUUCCAUCGUAAUGGAGCUUGCUGAACAGGCGUGUUGAGCAUAGAUCCCUCAGCAGUUUCACAUUCUGUACAUAGUAUGUAUAUCAUAGAGUAGUAUUGAUUAUUGCUGAAAGUAUUGCCUGUUGACCAUUAGUACAAGCCAGCUACAAGAACACAAGUUACGAUCUAAUAAGAGUUUAAAGUUUGAGCUGACAUGGCCUUCAAAGCUGUAGUUUUGGAUGAUAGAUGUUUAUUUUUUAAGGCAAAGAGGAAAUUGAUAAUGUCAAUAGCUUGGGUUUGAGAAGGUACACAUCGCGUUCAAUGCUUAAGAAAAGGUGGAUAAGACAAUCUAAAUUUAUAGCGAAAUCCGAAUAUUGUCUUGGUGCUAUCCACUAUUCUUCUUGGUAUUGAUCGAUUGAAUUGAAAUGAAUGCCUGUGCAAUGAAAUGUAUAUAAGCUGAACAGCUCGGCAGAAUCCACUGAUUUUAAACUGAAUUAUGUUGAGGGCUAAGGGGGGUUUUAGAAGCAAAGUAAAAAGCGCUAAACAUGUAUUCAUCAUUGCUCAAAAUACAAACUAUUCUGGUAUGAAGGGGCGAUGUUACAGUUUUAUGAAAGUUACACAUUGAAGUUGUUCAACCAAAAGCUUUAAUAAUAGUUCCAUACGUUCACAACUCGUUAACCUUAGUUUGGCUUCAACCUUGUCUAUUGCGAUUAAUUAAAUAUUUUUUGUUUUACUGUGUUUAACAUAUAUUUGCGCAGAGGUCUGUUAGUUCCCCACACAACUUCAGACCAACCUUGUUCAUGUUCAGUAAAUUAAAUUUUAACCUUUUCAUUUUGGAAAGAUCAUGUCCAAGCUAAUUUUUUUUAUCGAGGACGGCUUAAAUUGAUUGAUGUAUUUUAGUUUAAAAAUUAUUGUGAUGUUUUCGUUCGUUGUAAAUAAAAUGUUAUUAGAAAUUAA